AUGCCUCAAAACAUCUACGAUAACGGCAAGUUCUUUGCCGAAUACGCCGCCCUCGAUCGGUCAGUCAACGGCCUCGGCAGUGCCCCAGAAUGGCCGAGAAUGCAAUCCUACCUCCCGGACCUCAAGGGAUUAAGCGUAAUCGAUCUCGGAUGUGGUUUCGGAUGGUUUGCUCGAUGGGCUCGCAAGGCCGGAGCUGAAUUCGUCUGCGGAAUCGACAUCUCUCAAAACAUGCUCGACCGAGCGCAAGCCAUGACCGACGACCCGAACAUCAGAUAUGAACGAGGCGACAUGGACUCUAUGAUGCUUCCAGAGAGCUGCGAGAAUAGAUACGAAGUGGCUUUUAGCUCUCUUACGAUCCAUUACCUUGCUCACCUAGCAGACUUUGCCAAACAUGUACAUCGGAGCCUGAAGCGUGGAGGCUUGUUUGUCUUUUCCGUCGAGCAUCCAGUUUACACGGCACCGUCUCAUCCAGCCUUCAUAACGGACGAAGCCUCGGGGCGAGAGUAUUGGCCACUGGACAGCUACCACAAGGAGGGCGUGCGGUUGACGAAAUGGCUCAUCGAGGGAGUUGAGAAGCAUCAUCGCACGGUCGCAACCUACAUCAAUACCUUUCUACAAGCAGGCUUUGAGCUGACUGGGUUUGACGAGUGGCGCCCAACACCGGAGGAGCUGAAGACGUACCCUUACUCGGGGCAUCGGGUAUUGCAACGGCCGGUGUAUUUGGUGAUGGCGGUAAGGAAGAAGUAG